UAUUCAGUCCAAUACUGCAGCCUUUCUGGCAGGGAGCGCGCCUCCAAAUUUACCCUCCCGCUGCGCUCGCUCCCCGUACCUUAAAAAACGCGUGCACGGCUGAAGGUCACUUAAACACAAAAGGCUUUCAGCGCUGCGGUCCAAUAUAGCGCAUGCGCGCUGCCGGAGGACUGCUUCACAGACCGCAAUAUGGCGAGAAUGCCUGGCAGCGGAGACACGGAGCAGGAGCAGAUGAGCUGCCCCGAGAGGAGCAGGGAUGAGGAGGAGGAGGAGGAGGAAGAUGAAGAUGAGAUUCAGGAGGUCCAGAUCACCGGGGAGGAGGAGGACGAGGAGUCCGACAGAGAUGGAGUGGAGUGGGAGUCAGGGAGCACAGUGCUGGACUCCAGCGGUUCCGCCGCGCAGACACAAGCGGUCGUUAUGCGGAGUAUGGACCGAAGGGAGGAGGAGGAGGGGGAGGCGGACCCACUCGGCAGCAGCAUCUCCUCCGGGCGCGAGUCUCACCCGGAGGGAGAACUUCAGCGGUCAGAGCGAAACAAGCUGAGCGAGAACACCCGCCUGGCCACCAGGUACGCCGUGAGGAUCUUCAGGGAGUACCUCAGCGAGAAAGCCCAAAGUCCAGACUUUGAAACUCUGGACAAGGAUGCGCUCUGCGCUGUGCUGCGCUCCUUUUACGCCGAGGCGCGCUCCAAAAGUGGACAACUGUACAGCAAGUCCUCCCUCAUCAGCAUCCGGAGCUCUCUCAAUCGGUACCUGAACGAGCCGCCCUACUGCCGCACCUUGGACCUCACCAAGGACCCAGAGCUGCGCAGCGCCAACCUGACCCUGGCCGCGGUCAUACGGAGGCUGGAGGAGCAGGGUGCCGGUCCGGUGGUGCAGAAACAAGCCAUCACGCGCUCGGACCUGCGGAAACUGUACGAGUCCUCUGUGUUCAACACCGACACCCCGUUUGGGCUUCUGAACAAAGUCUGGUUUGAGACCUGCAUGUAUUUCUGCACCAGGGGAAGAGAGAACCAGCGGGAGCUGGAGGAGGACUCGUUCGGCCUGGCCGUGGACGAGGACGGAAGAAAGUUUGUGUAUUUUAAAGCUCUCGGACCCUAUCACAAGUCCCGCUCCGCCGCCUGGACCAAGAAGCGCCCGGACGCAGACGAGGACACGCUGCCGCGCAUGUACGAGACGGGCACGGAGCAGUGUCCGUACGCCAGCUUCGUCCGGUACGUGUCCAAACGGAACCCGCUGUGCAGGGCGUUCUUCCAGCGGCCCCGGGACCACUGCUGCGCGAGCGACGUGACGUGGUACGAGAACAAAGCCAUCGGGAAGAACCUGUUGGGCACGAGAAUGCAGAUGUUGUCGCGCGCUGCCAAGCUCUCGAAAACCUACACCAACCACUGCAUCGGUGCCGUCUCCAUAGCAACCCUCAACAGCAUCGUGGGGGCCGCGGGCUUCAAGCCCUCGACGACGCUUUACGUUGCCUCGGAAACGGUCAAUGGUCACGCGCAGUCCCACCUCCAGCUCGUGAUCCCGUACCUGCGCAGGGUCAGCGACGCUGCGGAUCUGAAUCAGCAGCAAAGCACAGAAGCAGAGACGUCGAACACAUCGCCUACAUCAGCAGCAGCAGCGAGGAGGGAGAGCAACGAGGACGACCCGGGAGCUCCCUCUGCCAAGAAGCGCUGUGUGCGCCCCGGGACGCGCGCCGAGUCGCCCGCGGAGCCGAAUGAGAGAGAGUCGGUGCCUGCCACAGCCACGGAGUCCCGUCUCGCACAGUCCGGCGCCCGGUCCCCUGUGCCCACAGAGCGUGUAUUUGUGUCCCAGGACAGACGUAGCAGCGGCAGCUGCAGCAGCAUGUCGAGUCAGAAGCUGGCUUCUUGGUCUCCGAUGUCUCCCCCGUGUACCACGGGAAUCCCAGCACCAGCUCAGCUCACCAAAACCAACGCACCAGUCCACAUUGAUGUAGGAGGACACAUGUACACCAGCAGCCUGCCCACACUCACCAGGUACCCCGAGUCAAGAAUCGGGCGUCUGUUCGACGGCACAGAGCCCAUCGUGUUGGACAGUCUAAAGCAGCACUACUUCAUCGAUCGGGACGGGGACAUGUUCCGCUACAUACUCAACUUCCUGCGAACCUCCAAGCUCCUCCUGCCUGAUGACUUCAAAGAGUACUCCCUGCUCUACGAAGAGGCUACUUUCUUCCAGCUGGCACCUCUAAAGACCGAGCUGGAGCGCUGGAGGGCUGAGCAGGAGCGCCGGGACGUUUCUCGAGACUGCGAGUGCGUCGUGGUCCGCGUGACGCCGGAGCUCGGUGAGAGGAUCAGUGUGAGUGCAUCCCGGGCGCUGAUGGAGGAGAUUUUCCCUGAGGUGACUGAUAUCGUCUACAGUUCUAUGAACGCCAGCUGGAACCAGGACCCCACACACGUGCUCCGCUUCCCGCUCAACGGCUACUGCCACCUCACCUCAGUUCAGGUGCUGGAACGGCUACAGCAGAAAGGUUUCUUUAUCACAGGGUCGUGUGGCGGCGGAGUGGAUUCCUCCCUGUUUAGUGAAUACGUCCUGCGACGGGAGAUCCAAGGCAGACGCCCCCUGAUCCUCAAAGCAAUAAAACAGGAACUCCUGCAUUAAAUUCAGAAGACCUGAUUGCACAUCUGUUCUGUGCAAGUGCGUGGACAGUUUGUCACGUGACACAGACUCCCUCACUGCAGCAGAACAGUGAAACAAAGCGGGACGUGCGAAACGUGGUCUAAUCUUCAAACGUGAACGUAAGGUAGCACCUGAAUUAGAAGACAACACAGCCAUCCUUUCACCAAUUUAUUUCAUCACAUUGAUGCAAGAUAUGUUUUCCUUCCUGUGAUUCCCAAAAUUGUCCACAUUAACUGUCAGUCUGUGUCACGCUACCAGAGUGAAAUCCAGCCAUUACAGUAAAUAAAGAUUUUUC